AGUAGGAGGCGGAUAUUGGGUGAGGUAAAGCGAGAUAGUAGGAGCGAAAAUAGUUGCUGAAGCGGAAAUAUUGAGAAAUAUCAUACAUUUUGGAUUGAGCAAAAUACAUACAUAUUUAUUUUUAGUAUACAUAUGUUAUAGAGCUCAACGCUAUAUAUAUUUUAAGGUGAGAUCUAGUGGCUGGCUAAGUAGCUCACGCCCGGCUUUGUACUAGGAACUGAGUUCGCCGGUAUUGUAAUUGCAGACGCGCGGAGAGGUGAAAAGCCCCCCGCCCUCAUCCACUAAUCCCGGGCUGCGGGAGGCUCGUUGACUGACUGAUUGAUGCCAAUUAAUUCCAGUGGAUGUGGCCAGAACUCUCUUACAGGGCGACCAUGGGCUUGACAGGGAAGAAAUCAGAGAAAGGCCCAGUGUGCUGGAGGAGGAGGGUGAAAUCAGAAUACAUGCGACUCCGGCAGCUGAAGAGGUUCCGGAGAGCGGACGAGGUGAAGCAGGUUCUCCGACAAAGAAAUAGCAUGUUUAAUACCAACCGGCAGAAGAUUGUGGAGCGCACGGAUAUCCUGAAUCAGGAGUGGAAGCGCCGGCGGAUACAGCCCGUGCACAUCAUGACAUCUGUAAGCUCCUUGCGUGGGACCAGAGAGUGCUCUGUGGACAGCGGCUUCUCAGAGUUCCCCAAGCAAGUCAUUCCUCUGAAGACUCUGAACGCUGUGGCGUCUGUACCCGUCAUGUACUCAUGGUCACCCCUCCAGCAGAACUUCAUGGUGGAAGAUGAGACUGUUUUGCACAACAUCCCCUAUAUGGGAGAUGAAAUCCUGGAUCAGGAUGGCACCUUCAUUGAGGAACUCAUUAAGAACUAUGAUGGCAAAGUCCAUGGAGACAGAGAAUGUGGCUUCAUAAACGAUGAGAUCUUUGUGGAGCUGGUCAAUGCACUCAAUCAGUACAGCGACAACGAGGAUGAUGAAGAAGAGGAGGAUCAGAACGAGUACAAGCUGGAUAAGAUGGACCUAUGCGACGGCAAGGAUGACCACGACGACCCCAGGAAGGACCAUCUGCUCAACUCCGAGAGUAGAGGAAGUGAAAACUCUAAAAAGUUUCCUGCAGACAAGAUAUUUGAGGCCAUAUCUUCCAUGUUUCCAGACAAAGGGUCAACAGAAGAGCUCAAAGAAAAGUACAAAGAGCUGACGGAGCAGCAGCUCCCCGGGGCUCUGCCCCCAGAAUGCACCCCCAACAUCGACGGACCAAACGCCAAGUCAGUGCAGCGGGAGCAGAGCCUGCACUCCUUCCACACGCUCUUCUGCCGACGCUGCUUCAAGUACGACUGCUUCCUGCACCGUGAGUCCCCCGCCUCCAUCUCAGCCUUCCACGCAACUCCAAACACGUAUAAGCGCAAGAACAUGGAGAACCUGGUCGACAGCAAACCCUGUGGCAUGGACUGCUACAUGUACCUGGUGCAGGACGGCAUGGUGAGGGAGUACCCAGCAGGCCUGGUGGCAGAGAGGCCCAAGACCCCGUCCAAGCGGCCGGUGGGGCGCCGCAGGGGGAGGCUCCCCAACAGCAGCAGCAGGCCCAGCACCCCCACCGUCAACGCCGAGACCAAGGACACGGACAGCGACCGGGAGGCCGGGGGCGACGCAGGGGGGGACUGCAACGACAAGGACGACGACGACGACGACAAGAAGGACGAGACCACCAGCUCCUCAGAGGCCAACUCGCGCUGCCAGACCCCGGUGAAGCUGAAGCUGAGCUCGGAGCCCCCGGAGAACGUGGACUGGAGCGGGGCCGAGGCCUCCCUCUUCAGGGUGCUCAUCGGCACGUACUACGACAACUUCUGCGCCAUCGCCCGCCUCAUAGGCACCAAGACCUGCAGACAGGUGUAUGAAUUCCGGGUAAAAGAGUCCAGUAUUAUCGCUCGUGCCCCUGCAGAAGAUGUAGAUACUCCACCAAGAAAGAAGAGGAAGAAACACAGUUGUAGGUUGUGGGCCACGCAUUGCAGGAAGAUCCAGCUCAAGAAAGAUGGCUCCUCCAAUCACGUGUACAACUACCAGCCAUGUGACCAUCCUCGCCAGCCGUGUGACAGCUCCUGCCCCUGUGUCACCGCCCAGAACUUCUGUGAGAAGUUCUGCCAAUGCAGCUCUGAGUGUCAGAACCGCUUCCCCGGCUGCCGCUGCAAGGCGCAGUGCAACACCAAGCAGUGCCCGUGCUACCUGGCCGUGCGGGAGUGCGACCCCGACCUCUGCCUGACCUGCGGAGCCGCCGAGCACUGGGACAGCAAGAACGUCUCCUGCAAGAACUGCAGCAUCCAGCGCGGGGCCAAGAAGCACUUACUGCUGGCUCCGUCUGAUGUUGCCGGCUGGGGCAUUUUCAUCAAAGAGCCCGUGCAGAAGAACGAGUUCAUCUCCGAGUACUGCGGUGAGAUCAUCUCGCAGGACGAGGCCGACCGCAGAGGGAAGGUGUAUGAUAAGUACAUGUGCAGCUUCCUGUUCAACUUGAACAACGACUUUGUCGUUGACGCAACAAGGAAAGGCAACAAGAUCCGCUUUGCCAACCACUCCGUUAACCCCAACUGCUAUGCAAAAGUAAUGAUGGUUAAUGGAGAUCACAGAAUAGGUAUUUUCGCCAAGAGGGCAAUACAAACUGGCGAGGAGCUAUUCUUUGACUACAGGUACAGCCAAGCAGACGCCCUGAAGUACGUCGGCAUCGAAAGAGAAAUGGAGAUGCCAUGAAGCCAUAUACCUCCUCUUCAACAAAAUGCCUUAUACUCUUCAGGAAUUUUUACAAUCAUGCAUUUUUAUGAUGUUUGAGCUUUGAGCACCAGAGCCCAACUAUUCUGCAUCAUUUAUAACAGUGAUUUCAGAAAUCAAAUUUUUACUUACUUUUUUUCACACGGAAAUGCCUGUUUUUUUAUCCGUCAAAUCUUGUCUGCUAGUCAUGGAACAAAUGAAAACAAACUUCAGUACUUGAACAUUCAUUCUUGUGUUUACAGUAACUUAGGGUUGAAAUAAAUCCAUCUUCAAACUGGUAAGACUUAUUUUUAAGGACCAUGCGUUGAGCCACCGGAUAGGUGGGUUAUAUAUGUGCUGAUGGGGUGCUUUAAGACUACUGCCUGUUUUUAUUACAUUUAUCGCACAAAUAUACUACAGGAGACUGCAAAAAUUCAAACUGGUCGUGCUAAACGUGCGAUAGAUGCACAGACCACAUGAAGACUGCCAUGCAUAACUUGUGUAUUGUAUCACUUUACAAAUUGGUCUGUAUCAAUGUGAAAACCAAAGUCAUUAAUGUUCAUAUGUUAGCCUGCGUGUCAUCUCACAAGUGAAAUAGUAUUUGCCUUUAGUGCUUCUGCACACCAUUUAGCUGUAAGAGUAACAGAAUGUAGAAAUGUGAAGUAUAUCUACUGUGGGGGUGCCUUAACUAAAUGUUAACUUGCUCCAAAAAAGAAAAAAAAAGAAAAGAAAAUCACAUUAGCAGAUACAGAUGGAAGUACCAGCGUGUUUUGUCAUUGGGUGAGGACAGGGGAGGGGGGAAAUAUGUCACGCUUAAAUAUACUCUGUGUUCCAGUGUUGUCAAGGUCAUUAACAUAGCAGCUAACGGGGACACUGGUACACCUGAGGUAUGUGAGGAAAAUGAGCAUAGAAACUACCCAGGCCUUUCACCACAAUUGCAUCAUUGUUUUAAGGUGGCCAGUGUUUCAUCGUAUUAAAGUAAUGGUCAGUCUCCAAAUCCAGAGAAAUCAUAUUGACCUGAAAUUAUGUUCCUAAACUUAAACCUUGAAACAAAUUUGGAACUGUCCCUAUUUAUUUCUUGUGGAUUAUGUAAACUAGUUUUGCAUUUUUAAUUUAUUGAAAACUUGGGCUCGGAAUGAUACAAAAUGGUUUGGCAAUACCAGGUAAUAAAGGGUUGUGUUUCUCUAGGGUUUUUGUGUAACAGUUAACUGAUUUAACUUGAGUUGAAACGGGAGUAAUUUAACUUUUGCCAGGAUGUGUCCUUUUAUAUUUAAAUGAAUGACCAGAACAGACUUGUCCUUGUUUUAUUCCUUCCUGUUUUACUGGAGGGUUUAUGUGACCAGUCCACCUCUGUUGCUGCCUCUGAAUAUAAGGUGCUGAAUUUCAAUGUUUUCAGGAAAUACUGUUGAAUAAAAUGAAUGAACAUUGAAAAAGAAA